GGGCUAAAUCUCAAAUAUCCAGACGGGUGCGCCAUCUAAGCCAGUUAAAACAGUCCCGCGAAAAGUUACCGAGCCCCACUUCUUGUCUGAACGUCUGCCAGUGAAGACCGGGAGGGAACCAACUAACACCACACAAAAUGAGCGACCUCAGCAAGAACGACGUUGAAAGGGCUUCCUUCGCCUUCUCCAUCUACGACUUCGAUGGUAGCGGCAAAAUCGAUGCCUUCAACCUAGGAGAUGUCCUCAGGGCACUGAACUCCAACCCCACAUUGGCCACCAUCGAGAAGCUCGGUGGUACCAAGAAGAAGGGCGAGAAGACGCUCACCAUUGAAGAGUUCCUUCCCAUCUACAGCCAAGCAAAGAAAGACAAAGACCAGGGUCAGUACGAAGACUUCUUGGAAUGUCUGAAACUGUACGACAAGAACGAGAACGGUCUUAUGCUUGGCGCCGAGCUUACACACACGCUCCUUGCGUUAGGUGAGAAACUGGAAGAUAAUGAAGUCGCUGAAGUCACAAAGGACUGCAUGGACGCUGAGGAUGACGACGGCAUGAUCCCCUAUGCACCGUUCCUCCGAAAAAUGUGCGAUGGGUGGCAGGGACCUAAGCCUAAGGGCGCGGCGGCGCCGGCAGAGGGAGAAGCUCCCGCGGAGGGCUAAGUGGCUGUAGCCUGCGCUGGCGCCCGCUCGGCGGACGUCGUGCUGCGCUCGCGCACGAGUGCGCUACCGCCGCCGCCGCCCGCCCUGCGACGCCCUCGCCCCACCCUCGGUUACAUCAACACCCCGUAUACGCCAUCUUAGAUACGGACUACCCCCUUUUUUAUACGAAUAACAUCUAUGCACAAUCGUUUUGUACAACUUUCUACCUAUGACUGUACAUACUAAAGUAAGAUUAAAUUAAACAUACUGUAAACACACGUUGUACGUGUCUUUUAAAUUUAUUAUUAUUUAUUAAGUACGUUUAUAAUGACAAAAAUACAAAAAACCGUAAAUAAUUUUAUAAUAAACUAUUAAAAGUUCA